GUUCAUACACACACAAGUAAAAGCAUUUGCACAAGAUACUCUAAACUAGUGCAAUUGCAUGGUUAAGAGUGAGUCGGUGACAAUAGAACAGAACAGAUAUAAAAGGAAAAUACACAAAGCAAUAUUAACUUAUUAGAUAAGCCAUAUAUGGGCAGUGGCAGCACCCCACUUCUGGUGAAUAACAACCAUGAGGAGGAAGACCGAAAACCAGUAAGGGCGGUGGUAAGGGAAUUUGGUAACGAGUCAAAGAGGCUAUGGAAGAUAGCCGGCCCGGCCAUAUUCACCUCCAUAUGCCAGUAUUCCCUCGGUGCACUCACUCAGACUUUUGCUGGUCAACUCAGCGAGCUCGACCUCGCCGCUGUCUCUGUCGAGAACUCCGUCAUUGCUGGACUUGCUUUUGGUGUCAUGUUGGGAAUGGGAAGUGCAUUAGAAACACUAUGCGGGCAAGCAUAUGGAGCGGGGCAAUUUAGGAUGUUAGGAGUGUAUAUGCAGAGAUCAUGGGUGAUCUUAUUGACCACCGCUUGUCUUAUGAUUCCCAUCUAUGUCUUUUCUCCUCCCAUUCUGGAAUUUGCUGGAGAAACUACCGAAAUUUCUCAAGCCGCAGGAAAAUUUGCACUAUGGAUGCUGCCACAAUUAUUUGCAUAUGCAUUGAACUUUCCAAUACAGAAAUUCUUGCAAGCGCAGAGGAAAGUGAUAGUAAUGGCAUGUGUAUCAGCAAUAGUGCUAGUCCUGCAUGUUUUUUUUAGUUGGCUCCUAAUGCUGAAGCUUGGAUGGGGUUUGAUUGGUGCUGCUGUCACUCUCAAUACCUCAUGGUGGCUCAUUGUAUUUGGACAAUUGCUCUACAUUUUCAUCACCAAAUCAGAUGGUGCUUGGAGUGGAUUCACUUGGCUUGCUUUUGUUGACUUGUGGGGCUUUAUCAAGCUUUCUUUAGCUUCUGCUGUUAUGUUAUGUUUGGAGUUCUGGUACUUGAUGGUACUGGUGGUGAUAACUGGCCGUCUGCCAAAUCCUUUGAUAGCAGUUGAUGCCAUCUCUAUCUGCAUGAAUAUUCAAGGAUGGGAUGCCAUGAUUGCAAUUGGGUUUAAUGCUGCCAUAAGUGUGAGAGUAUCAAAUGAACUUGGAUCUGGUAAUGCAAGAGCAGCAAAAUUUGCAGUGAUAGUGGUGUCUGUGACAUCGGUGUCCAUAGGAGUGGUUUGCAUGGCCAUUGUGUUUGCAACUAGAGAUUAUUUCCCAUACCUUUUCACAAAUAGCACUGCAGUUGCUGAAGAAACUACCAAGCUUGCCACCUUGCUCGGAGUCACUGUUCUUUUAAACAGUCUUCAACCGGUCUUAUCUGGGGUUGCUAUUGGAGCUGGAUGGCAAGCUCUUGUGGCAUACAUUAACAUUGGAUGCUAUUACAUAGUUGGAUUGCCUGCUGGCAUACUAUUGGGAUUCACAUUUCGUCUUGGAGUCAUGGGAAUUUGGGGCGGGAUGAUCGGAGGAAUUUGCUUACAGACAGCUAUCCUACUAGUGGUGACUUCAGUCAGAAAUUGGAACAAAGAAGUUGCACAAGCAGAAACUCGAGUUAAGAGAUGGGGAGGUGCAAUUGCAAGUCAAUGAUUUCAACAAAAUUUAAGAUCCAAACAUGGUCUAAUUGCUAGCAACGAGAGAGAAAACACAUCAAGGUGCUUAAUGUUGGAUCAAUCUUCUAUGUAGAAUAAAUAAAUUGAAAUAAUUCAAACAAAUAAAAUAAAUUACGUACCGAAUUUAUUUUACCGAACAGAAUAAAUAAUUAAAAGAUCAA